AUGCGAAUCUCUGUUCUCGGCAUCGUCACCCUCAUGGUCGGCAUCGCUCUGGCUCACCCCGCUUCUCUCGAACAUCAAGACGAUUCAUCCGCGGACGCCGCUUUCGACUACGGUGCCGCCCACGCAUUCGCCGCUAAGAAGAACCCCGAAAUCACACAGUCGAAUGGAGGUGGCGGCCUGGUAUUGCCGCAGAACCCAUGUACCGAACAGCUACGACGGACAGCCGGCUCCCCCUUUCCUUUGGAAGCAAGGCGCUAUCUGAUGCUCUCAACCAGCUUCCCUGCCCGUGAUGGCUGCCAGACUGUGGACCUUUUGAACGACCACGGUGGACGUAAGUCAGAAUUCUCUUUCCCCAUCGCGCGCAUUAAGAUGUACUGA